GUGUGCUCCUGCUCCUGCGCCACGCACAAUGGCUGCAUUACUGUUGCUCGGCUGAGGCGUGUUACGCAUGGCAUAUAUACCCUCGCCACCACUCUCCUUCUGCCACUCAUCAUGCCCCUCCUCGCCAAGUUGAAGAAGGCGUUCAUCCCGCCGGACGCGAAGGCGCAGUACGCGCCGCCACCGGGCGUCCGUCGCACGCACGUAUGGAUGGAUGUGUCGAUCGGCGACGCGCCCGUCGGCCGCAUCGAGAUGGAACUCUUCGACGAGGUCGUGCCGCGAACGGCGGCCAACUUCCGCGCGCUGUGCGACGGCCGCGGCCAGCACGGAUACAAGGGCUCGACUUUCCACCGGAUCGUGCCCGGCUUCAUGGUGCAGGGCGGGGACAUAGUGCACGGCGACGGGACGGGCGUGUACUCGAUCUACGGGGGCGCGUUCCCCGACGAGAACUUUAAGAUGCGGCACGCGAUCCCCGGCGUGCUGAGCAUGGCCAACUCGGGGCCCGGCACGAACGGGUGCCAGUUCUUCAUUACGGUUGCGCCGACCGAGUUCCUCGAUGGCAAGCAUGUGGUUUUUGGGCGUGUGGUUUCGGGCAUGGACGUCGUCAAGGUCGUCGAGCACACGCCAACGGGCGCCAGCGACCGUCCGGUGCAGACGCGCGUUCGCGUCCGCUGCGGUCGACUUUGCCGCGCCUAA